UACUGCUUGCCUUUCGCAGGAAACGUAAACAAGCUGUUAAUUUUGCGCCAAAACAUUAAAGAAAAUAUCUGGAAAAUCAUGUCGGAUGACGAGCAUAUAGCCGAUCUUGAAGCGGAGGCUGCCUUGGGCAAUGACGACGAGGAGGAUGAUGAUGAUAUGGAGCAAAUAACGGCACAAAAGGUGCUCGAGAUUCUGGAGACAGCCUGGAUCAAUGAAAUGUGUGCCCCCGAAAUACUGCCCAACCAGACGGACAUGCUGGAGCUAAUGGUCUCCCAGGUGUCUCACAUGGAGGAGCAAAUGAAGGACUUGGACAAGAACGAUUUCCGAGCUGUGGUGCACAGCAUGGAGCUGGAACGUGUGCGCUACAUCAUGGCCAGCUACCUCAGAUGCCGCCUGCAGAAAAUCGAGACCUUCACCCAGCACAUACUCAACCAGGAGGAGGCGCGCGAGCCGGACGACAAGCGCCUGUCGCCGGAGGAGACGAAAUUCGCCAAUGAAUUCUCCAGCCAUGUGGAUGAGUAUUUCCAUAAGGUGGCCACCCAGUACAUGCCCAACCAGCAGCGUGGCGAGCUCGAGCAAAGGAUCGUUACACCCAACCUGAUGAGUCAUGUGUUUCUCAAGGCAAAUGUGGCAGUGCCUGCUGUGAUUGUGGGCGUGGACGACGAGGAGGUCGACAUGGCGCCCGGUUCCCAACAUAUUAUUCCAUAUCAACUAGUGGCCGACUUGGUACAGAACAACCAAGCGCAGCUGAUUUAACAGAUAAAAUAGACUUUAAAAAAAACAUACAUUUUAAUACAGCAAAAUGUCAUGUUUCCCAUGCGUUUCAGUGUAUAUUUUGCCAUAAAUUAAUUAAUUAACUAUA